AUGGGAAAUAUUGUCAACACUGUUAGAAGAUUAAUGAAUGUGAUUUCUGAGGGCUUAUCUAGAACAGUAUCACCUAAAGAGAACUGUUCUACAGACGCUGUGGUUGCUAAGGGUUCGGAACGUGGUCCAGCCAGGGAUACACAUAAGAGCAAAGAGUUGAGACCACACAGUGUUCCUUCUGGAAAUAAUUUGUUUCACUGCGAUGCUUACGAGAAAUUGAUCAACGGUGAACGUAAUUUAGGUUGUAGAAGCAUUCCUGAGGCUUCAGAGGACUAUAAAAUGGUACCAGAUGAAGAUAGAGCAGUGUCUGGUCCUUUGGAUGUGAGCGGUUGUGAAAGUACCCCUAAAGCUUCGUUAAGGAGACGAGCCGAGCGGAAAAUAACUAAUACAAAAGCAUCAAUUCAGGCGACAGUGCCAACUGGAACUUCAGCCUCUCCAGAUGUGAAACAUCCUAAAAUGGUGCUAUCUCCGCUUACCCGCAGUCGCAGUAAGGCUAUGGCUCUAUCUGUUUCCACACCUGAACAUCUCAAACUGAGAAACGCCAGAUCAGGUCAACUAGUAGUUCCACGGUUGGAUUCAGGAAGCCAAAAAAUUAUCUAUGACGUGGCAAAAGUACCUAUCACCCCAUUGGUGGAGCAAAGUUCUGCAGGUAAAGCGUUGCCGAGUACACCAUCACAAAUGAUCAAAACUCCAAUUCCAUAUGGACGAUCUCCACUUACUCAUAAUAAGGAUAAGGUGUUAUCUGUUGCCACGCCCGAAACUCCCAAACUGAGAAGCUCUAGAUCAGGUCGACUGAUAGUUCCACGUUUGGAUCCAGGAACACAAAGUAUUAUCUAUGACUCGGAUGGUUCUAUCUGCGGCGUAACCAACUCAGAGCUGCAAUGGCCUCAAGGGUGCAAUUCGGAACCACCUGCUAAGAGGAGGUCUCGGUGUUCAUCCCCCGACCAUGGCAGGUUGCUGCUAUUCUGA